AUGCUUCAACAAAAAGAGACAGAACACCGAAAGGCUGCAGAAUGUGCUGCAUUUUCUUCUGAGGAAUUGGGCUUACGUGAGCUUAUUGCUUUAGAGGAAGAGUUUCAAUGGGAGGAAAUCAUGAGGCAGCUUGAGGUGGAACUGUACGAAUUGGAAAUUGGGUUGCAUCAACAAUAUGAGCUAAAACAUUUCCGUUUCCACGUAAUGAGUCUUGGUGGUCUCAACAAAUUGCUUGAAAAAGAGACGGAUUUGGAUUCUUCAAUUCAGUCUCUUCAAGCACGUUUGGACCGGGCAAAUAAAUGGCUGAAAACAUCGGAAUAUGAUCCCGAGGAGGCUGUGCGAGAAAAGAUGCGGAGCUGGAAUGAUGAAAAGGAGGCCCUGGAGCUCCAGAUGGCCCAGCUGCGCAUACGAAUAGCGAGGCUUAAUGAAGGACCAAGUGCCGUGGCCCCACCUGAAUUAAAAAAAAACAGGGCGACACGCGCAAGCCUAGUACAGUCCCACAGUGAAAGCUCUGCGAGUGAUGUGCAGGUGUCCCGCUUGUCUGAGCGAACGAGGGAGACCCUCGCCAGGGCUCGUAACAUUUUGUUGUGA